ACUGGACAGACAAGGAGAGCAUGGCGCUUGUGAGGCUGCUGUUUGAGGAGGACUGCGCGCAACAAAGCAGGCGAGGGAGGCAGAAGAUCAGGGGGAGACGAGAGAAGUACGAUUGGAUAAUAGGGAAAAUGGUUGAACAAGGCUUCCCGAAACGUGACAUGAUGGAGGACUGCGAGGCAAAGUUCUAUGCCCUUCUAGACAAAGCAAAAACAAUUCGAGAUUACAGCGGCAAAUCCGGCAAGUCGAGCUACUGGGACAUGUCACGUUCGGAUAAAAGGGAGAAUGACCUUCCGUUGACAUACGAGAAGCACAUGUUUGAAGCUCUGCAAUGGCAUCUUGGGAAGGCGGACGACUCGUGUGAGGACAUGAUGCACAAUGUCAAUCUGCAGAGAGCGCAGAUGAGCACGGUCACAAAUGAUGAAGACACCGGCGGCAGUAGUGAGAAUGGAGGGAGUCAGCGAAAAGUGGAUAGUGACAGCGGAGAGGGUGCCAAGUCUCGGCGGACCGGGGGUGGGAGUGGGCACAGUCGGCGUUCCGCGCCAGAGAGUUCAGUUGACGCUUCAAGGGGAGGUUCGUUCGCAGACAUAGCACAUGCUCUUGUCAACGCGAACGACCGUCAUGCCGACAAGUUCGCAGGGAGUUUUGCGCACACCAUGGAUGGAAUGAACAAGACCAUGGCGGACGGUAACAACACGCUGUUGCAAUGCUUUGCUAUGCUUUCAGGUGCGAUGGAUUCCUUAAAGGGAGCACGCACUCGUGGUGGCAAAAUGUCGUCUUCUCCGAUGCGCGGUAUUGUCAACUUGAAGGUUGUGGACAUGGUUGGAGAUUUCGCGCUGACCCACAGACGACUCAUCAAACAAGCGCAUGAGCUCGCCCGAAAGCGGGAAAUGUUGUUCACUCGUGUGUCAAGUAUGGUCGAGGAGCUGCAAUGUCUGCAGGGUGAGGUGGGGAAGGCAAACAUGAAAGAGGGGCAGGCGAUCUUAAGAGCCGAAGCUGCGGAGCGAGUUGUUGCUUCUCUGAGGGAGGAAGUGGCGCUGUCGGCGCGAAUACCCUUAUAAGGGUACCCGCCCUGGUUUUUGCCAGUGACAGAAAGUAUGGUCGUUAGGAACUUGAGUACACCAUGCGAAGUCGC